AUGACACCAUUAAUGUGGGCGGCUGAUAGAGGACACCUGGAGGUGGUGACUUACCUGGUCAGUCACGGCAGUCAGUUGGACGCUACAGACACCUACAGAGGAAUGACACCAUUAAUGUUGGCCGCUGUGGGAGGACGCCUGGAGAUGGUGACUUACCUGGUCACUCACGGCAGUCAGUUAGACGCUACAUCCAAGUAUGGAAUGACACCAUUAAUGUUUGCCGCUGGGAGAGGUCACCUGGAGGUGGUGACUUACCUGGUCACUCAUGGCAGUCAGUUAGACGCUACAGACGAGAAUGGAAUGACACCAUUAAUGUGGGCGGCUGUGGGAGGACACCUGGAGGUGGUGACUUACCUGGUCACUCACGGCAGUCAGUUAGACGCUACAUCCAACAGUGGACAAACAGCUUUACAUUAUGCUGCUCAGGAUGGACGGAUUGAUGUAACAAAAUGUUUAAUAGAUCAAGGAUGCAGUCCUUGGGUGAAAUCAAAACAGGGCAAGACUCCUUAUGAUCUGGUAAAAAUAGGAAGCUAUGAUGAUGAAGACAAAAAAAGGAAGAAGGAAGAAGUGAUGGACUUCCUUAAGUGGCCAAAGAACACCACCUAUGACAGCAAAAACCUGUCUGAGAGUUCACAAGGACUUUAG